GGGGUAAUAUCAUCGUCACAUGACUUGUGAUUAGUAAUCACAACCGUCAUAGGCAAGUGCAUUGUAGAAGUUAGUUUUAAUUGGAAUUAUCAUACUCUUUUGCUGCAACAGAUAUCCCGGAUGUACCUCUAGCAUGUACUUCUAACAUACCUCGAAGCUUGUGUGAACCACAUAGAAACACUGCAACAGACUCAUUAGCUCCAAUAUGUCACAAGCACCAGAACUUCCUGGAUACUAUUAUGGUAACUGCAUCGAACAUUCUGACAUUGAUCGGCCUUUGACUUACAGAAAAUACCCUAGAUAGUGAGAAGAAAAAGUAUUUCAAAAUACAGGCAAAUGCACCAUCAAGCUCCGCAUACUCCUCCCAAGAUGUCAAGAGACGCAAGAUUGACGACGAGGAUAACAAAGCCCAAUCCUUGAAAGUUCAACGGAAUGUUGGCCGUAUCAAAAGAGCAAGGAUUCUUGAAGCCCCUAUUUCUGGUGGCUUUUUAUCCAGAGAAUUCGGACAGCCUUGCUUGAACACUGUUGUCGCCUCCUCUUAUGCUCAGAAUCUCAUCAAAACAGGUGACACCGAUCACUGGGGAACUCCAAAUGAUUCACAACUUUUUGCCGUGAUACCCAAAGGCUCCAGUCCUUUCCUUUACUUUUCUAUGGGUACGUUAAAGUACUAUUCAUUGCCCCAAUUCGAAUUUGACAAUCAAAUGAUCUUUCAGGCUUGAAUGCUUCUUCAAAAUUCCAAUUCAGAUUUGGCAAUCAAUUGAUUCUUUAGGUUUGCCUAGAUGACCGUGGAUGCUAAGGAUCUUAUCUUAUUGUGUCAUUGAUUUUUUCCACCCCUUAGAGCUAUUUAUUCUACUUUCUUCAUGAUCUACUACUGACCAUUGCUAAGUUAUCAGUAAUAAUAUCAGGCACCUAUCAUUCGACUGCAGAAUGAAAACAAGCGAAGAACGAGUGACAAAUGUAUUCGAAAGUAAUGCCAGAGUCGGGAGAUAUGUUCCAAUUUUCCCUCCCCCUCGCUCGUAUGCUGCUGCGCCACGACUCACUUCCAGUAAGUAUAUUUAUUUAACCGCCAAGACUUCUUGAUUUUUGCAGCUUAUAUUCAAACUCUCUCUGUACCUUCAUCGAGCUCGUGCUAACCGACUUUCAGUCAGUGCCAACAAGACGAUUGGAUACCUUGCAACGACAUGGUUAAACGCACCUACAGAUAGGAGCAUCAUAAUUAGUCCUUGUCCUUUGACCCCUGACAAUAUAUGUAAGCCGUUUAGAACUUGUUUGUGCGAAGUAAAUUCGAUGGCAACUUUAUGCAUGAUACGAUUUCCUCUGCUCUACCAGACUUCUGUUGAUGCUAAUAUAAAUUGCAUGUGAAUAUAGCUAACAUGGUUUAAGAUGAUCUUCCUGUAAGAGCCGACAUACAUAUCGGUCCAGGGACCACGCGAGGUAAUGUGGAUAUACUUUCCUCGACUUCAGCACCACCAGGUUCACAAGAUGCAUUUGCCAUGUAAGUUAAUUUUUCCCUUUCUCAUUCCAGCCUUAGGCAUACUUCAGACAAGUCACAGAAAUUUGUACACUCAGGCGUCUAUGCCGUAUCUAAUCCUCACAAAACCAGCGGUGCGAGCAAAGGCAUUCUUCGAAUCGACAAAAAUCUCGACAUGUCCUGGAUUCGAAGCACCCCUACAGAAAAACCCCACCACAGUCAACCUAGAGAUGUAUUUGCACUGCAAUAUUGUCCAAACCACAAGGAUAUUCUCCUGGCUGGUGAACGACGCGGGAUCCUCAGCAUUCUAGAUCUCCGAACCCCUCAAUUUGGGCCCCCGGCAGAAAAGAUCCAACACACAAGCUGUAUCACGCACAUCAAAUCACUGGAUACUCAUCGCGUGCUCGUCGCAGGCUGCGCAUCCGAUCUCCAUCAAUACGACAGACGAUUCACCAAACCGAACACCCAACAUACACCAAGAACCAACACUCCAAACACCACCUCCCCCACAACACCCUAUCUAACCUACCCAGAAUACCGCAACAAAGGCCGUAUAGACAUCGGAAUAGACGUAGACCUCGAACUCGGCCUCGUUGCCGCAGCAGCAGCAGACAAAGAACCAAGAAUCAAGCUCUUUUCCCUACACGGAGGACAAGUGCUAGGUGAUGUUAAUAUUCCCGUCAUCCGAGAUCUGAAUUGUUUCAAAUUUGUUCAGGAUACGGAGAAUGGGCCUAAAAGUAUCUGGGCGGCGUGUUCAGAUAAAGUUGUGAGAUUCUCCUUUGAGGGGGAAUAUACAUAAUCAAUCCAAUUGACUUUCUGGGAACCUUUGCGGCUUCCACCGACUUAUACCCAACACUCUAGGACGACAUUUAUUGUCCGUUGAUUGUUUGUUCACCCAUUUAUCCAUUAUAAUAGGAACAGCACGAAGAGUAGAAAUAAAAAAUUACUCGCCCAUAUCGAGCGUAGAAUUCAGAUUGCACGGACAAAUGGCAGACAUGAGAGAGAUUAUGGCAA